AUGGCGGUUGCUCAGGUGCCCCGCAACUUCAAGCUCCUCGCUGAGCUGGAGAAGGGCGAGAAGGGAAUGGGUGCAGGUGCCUGCUCCUACGGCCUCGAAGAUCCCGAGGAUAUCCUCAUGACCCACUGGACCGGUACCAUCUGGGGUCCCCCUCACGGCCACCACGAGAACCGCAUCUACGAACUCAAGAUGGAGUGCGGCCCCAACUACCCUAAAGAGCCCCCCAUUAUCCACUUCGUUAGCCAGAUCAACCUCCCCGGUGUUAGCCAAACCGACGGCCGCGUCGACCCCAACUACGUCGGCAUCCUCCGCGACUGGACUCGCAUCUCCGCCGAACUCUCGAGGAACCCCCGCCCGAAAGAGGACCCCUUGAGCCUCGAGGCUGCCCUCAUUGCUAUUAGGAAGUAUAUGGAAGAGCACAAGAAGCUCCCGCAGCCUCCCGAGGGCUCCAAGUACCCCAUGUACAAGUAA